AUGUCCGAAGAGCGUGAGAAGAAUGUCUACUUCGCCAAGUUGGCUGAACAAGCCGAGCGCUACGACGAGAUGGCUAAUUAUAUGAAGAUUGUUGCGGAGAGUGGAGGCGAGUUGACUGUUGAGGAGCGCAACUUGCUGUCCGUCGCCUACAAGAACGCGGUUGGCUCUCGACGUGCCUCGUGGCGUAUCAUUUCUUCGGUCGAACAGAAAGAGUCUUCUAAAGGGAACAACUCCAAUGCGGAGAUUGCUAAGGGCUACAGAGAGAAGGUCGAAGGCGAGCUUCAGGAGAUUUGUGACAGCAUCCUCCAGCUGCUCGAUAAGUACCUCAUCCCUAGCUCGCAGAGUGGGGAGUCCAAGGUUUUCUAUUAUAAGAUGAAGGGCGACUACUAUCGCUACAUCGCUGAAUUUAAUUCGGGCGAGGGUAAGAGCAAUGCUGCCGAGAAUGCCCAUCAAGCAUACAAGGACGCCUCGGCCACGGCUAAGUCUGAUUUGUUGGUAACUCAUCCUAUCAGGCUCGGCCUCGCCCUCAACUUCUCAGUUUUCUAUUAUGAGGUUUUGAAUCAGCCUGACGAGGCUUGUAAGAUGGCGAGGACGGCAUUCGAAGACGCCAUUGCCGAGCUUGAUAAUGUUAGCGAGGAUAGCUACAAGGAUUCUACUCUCAUUAUGCAACUCCUUAGAGACAAUCUGACUCUUUGGACAUCUGAUCAGGAUGGUGGUGAUGGUGCUGCGUGA